UCCCCUUUCCCACUGUCCUGUAGGUGCCACUGGGAUGGGUGUCAGUUGAAUAGAAGCACAUGCAGUGGUUUGCAUGACAAGAGGAACCCUGAGCUUAGGGCAUCCAAAUGUUUUAUAAUAGGUGAUAAGCAAACCUGCUCUUUGCUCCAGGAAGAGACAUGAUUGAUCUCUAUCUUCCAAGGUUGUUCACUACAUAAACAUAAAAGUCAGUGCCUCUGCUUGCAAAACAUGAGAAAUGCAAGACCCCCAGAAAAUUCUCUCCCAACAAACCCAUUCUCCUUACAUUUACUGAGAGUUUGUAGCCACCGUAGCUCUUCAUUGCAAAACUCUAAAGUUCAUUCUGUCUAAUUUGAAAAGAAUAGUGGGAGCUCAUAGAAUGGCCCAAGACUUGACACUUGGGUGACAUGGUGAAGUCGCAAGGAGAGAGAGAGCCCAGUGAUCCUUAUCUCCUGGUAUUCAUGCUUUUAUGUAGUUCUACCACCACCACCACACAGACACACAUGGAAAACUCGGCAACUGAUGGGAUAUUGUGGAAAUGACGGAGAGUGGCUCUCAAGGAUAGAUAAAGCUAGCUAAAUAAAACACACUGUGGCUUUUGUCUUCUCUCACUCUGAGGAAGGCCAACUGCCAUGUCAUGAAGACAAUGCUUUGAAGAGAUCCACAGGGUGAGAAAAUGAGGCCUUCUGCCAGCUUCAGUUUUCUUGUUUCCUCAUUCAUAACAUGGGCACAAUAAUCAUAGUCUUGAUGCCUUAAGAAGGUCAUUGAAAGAAAAUUACCUUCUAAAAGGUAAAGAAAAGCCCUGUGUAAUCUGGGAGCGCAUUUCUUCUCUGCCACAUACCCCAUCUCUCUUUGCUAUCCUGAAAUACCAAGCAUGCCCUGCCUGGAGCUUUUGCACUGGCUGUUCCCUCUGCCCAGGUCCCCUUCCCUGGUAUGUGCAGGGCCUGCUUCCUCAUUUCUCUUAGGUCUCUGCUCAUAUAUCACCAUAUCAGGGAGGCCUUCUCUUGAUGACCUUAUAUAAAAUUCUACACACACACCAAUCUCCUUUAUCCUUUAUUUUUCUCCCUGGUAUUUAUCACCACCUGAGUUACUACAGAUUUGUUAUCUGGCAUCCAUCAUCUGCUAACAUGUAAAUAACCUCCGUGAGUUCAAGGGCCUCAUUUAUAGCUAUUUCCUCAGGCCUUUAGUAGUGCCUACCACCUAGUAGGUACUCAAGGAAUAUUUGUUGAGUGAAAACAUUGUUGUGGCCAUGGGUGAGGUGCUGUGAUUGACAGCCGGCUCUACAGGAAUCCUGUGGUUAGAGUGGGAGAUGGAGCAGGUGCUCCAGAGAAAGUGGGGACCAUGGUGCAGAGACAGGGAGGGCUGCCCUGAGAAUGAGCAGGAGCUGGAGCCCACCAGUCCUGAGCAUGUGUGAGCUGAUACUUUCCUUUAUUCCUCACAACACCCCAAAGUGUAGACAUUAUUAUUCCCAUUUUAUAGUUGAGGAAACUAAGGCACAGAGAGGCUAGGUAGCAUAUAAAGGCCCCAGAGGGACUUAGGGAAGAGUCCAGGGCUAAACUCGGGUAUUUGGACUCUGUUGCUUGUCUGUUCCCUCCCCUCCUCCCCAUCCGAAAGUAUUAACACCAAGGGGCUCCGAACCCUCUGGCCCUGCCCUUCUCCCCCACCAACCCCAGUCAGCUGAGUGAGAAAAGCCAGCCCCAGCCUCUCCGCCCCGCUCCAUCGGCUCCCAGGCAGGCUCUCCAGGGCAGUGCUUGCCUGCCAGGCGGGGUUAACAAGGAGUGUUUGUAGCAGCCGCUGUCUCCAAGGAGAGGAGGGGAAGCAGGGUGGAGAGGCUGAGAGCCAGGCUCCGCAGGCGGCAGGGGGUGGUGGGGGCAGCCAGCUGGACCAGCAGCCCUUGGGGGUAAAAGGAAUAUCCUCAUCUCCGUCUGUCCUGGGAGGUGGUGAACUCUGAGCUGACCAGGCAGCAGGAGAGUGAGGUCCCUGCAGGGCCACCAAGUAGGGAAAGUUCUGGCUGGGACUGAAGAAUGUGGGGAGGCGGAAGCUGGGCAUGGCCUGGUGGUGGCAGCUGAAGCCUGUGGCAAGUAGCAGAACAGGAAGUCCUGGGCUCUCAGAGGGUAGGAGGGGGAAUCCCAGAGUCAGGGAGACCCCGCCAGGAGCCAGCAGGUGGCAGGAGUGAAGACUGAAGCAGCAGGAGAGGAGGCACCCACCUCCUCCCCUCCUGAGGGUCAAGCCAUGUCCCAGCCUGGGGGACACAGGAGGAGGCCUAGGACCCUGAGGCCCCCGGUGCGCAGCAUCCGGCCCUUUAAGUCCAGUGAGCAGUACCUGGAAGCCAUGAAGGAGGACCUGGCAGAGUGGCUUCGGGAUCUCUAUGGGUUGGACAUUGAUGCAGCCAACUUCCUGCAGGUGCUGGACACGGGCCUGGUGCUGUGCCAGCAUGCCAAUGCCAUCACCGAGGCCGCCCUGGCAUUCCUGGCUGAGGCACCUGCCAGGGCCCAAAGGAUUCCCCUGCCCCAGGCCGGGGUUUCCUGCAACAGAGCCGCCCAGCCGGGCACCUUCCAGGCCCGAGACAAUGUCUCCAACUUCAUCCAGUGGUGUCGCAAAGAGAUGGGCAUCCAAGAGGUGCUGAUGUUCGAGACGGAGGACUUGGUGCUGCGUAAGAACGUGAAGAACGUGGUGCUGUGCUUGCUGGAGCUGGGCCGCCGGGCCUGGCGCUUCGGUGUUGCAGCGCCCACCCUGGUGCAGCUGGAGGAGGAGAUCGACGAGGAGCUGAGGCAGGAGCUCGCGCUGCCGCGGCCGGAUCCCCCGCCGCCCGCGCCGCCCACGCGCCGGCCCUGCCACUUCCACAACCUGGACCAGAUGGUUCAGAGCCUCGUGAGCCACUGCACGUGCCCCAUUCAGUUCUCCAUGAUCAAAGUGUCUGAGGGGAAGUACCGCGUGGGGGAUUCCAACACCCUCAUCUUCAUCCGGAUCCUCCGGAACCAUGUGAUGGUACGUGUUGGGGGCGGCUGGGACACGCUUGGCCAUUAUCUGGAUAAACAUGACCCCUGCCGAUGUACAUCCCUCUCACACAAGACAGGCAGUUUCCUAAAGCCCCCUGCCCCACCGGUGCAGCAUGAAGUGAGGGUGGAGGAUGGACCCUCACAGCCCCAGCCUAUGAUGACCAUCAGCCGCUCCCAGAGUCCACUGCCCCCUGUGGACUGGAAGACAUACACCUCUUCAGGCCGAAAGCUGAGGCCCCUCACCUCCUUCUCCCGUAUGCCCCGCAGUGGGGCCCCCAGAGAGACAGCACCAUUCCUGAGGUGCCAGGGGAAUUCACUCACCCCAUCUCAGAGGCAGCUGCCAGCUGGGAACAGCCCACCCCAGUGCCAAUCCUCAUCCACCCGCAUGGGACGAGACCCACGGCGCACCUCCUCAGGGAAGACGGAGGACAGAGACUCCCCUGAACUCCUCAGGGGGAGGACACCUACAUCCUGGGUUCAUGAGGAGACAGACAGCUGGGGAACUCAUGCCAAGGUCCCCCUCCCCCAGAGACUCUGGGCCCCUGAAGCCACCAUCAGAGGGACACAAGCAAGAGGACCAUCUCCCCUGCCUCGUUCUUCAGGUCCUGCCAAGCCUGUGGGCCUCAGGCCACCAUCCGGGGGUGAGGCCAAGGGUGCUUCCUCCCAGCUCAAGGAGCCAGCAUCUGCUCGCUCUCUGUCCCUUGUUAAAGAACGCACCAAGAUCCCAGUCCGGCCACCCCCUGCCCGCCCUCCCCCUCCAGGAAGAAGCUUCCCAGGUACUGCAAGUGGACGUCCCAUGACAGAAUUGGGGAGGAGCCCUGUCCCAUUAAGUGCUAUCCCUGGGAACUUGGCUGGGUCCAGACAUGGGGACUGCUCUGAGGAAGGGAGACAAGGGGACCAGAAGCCGGACAUCCAAGUGACAGCAGAGGCUGGAGAGUCCUGGGCCCUGGGCCCACAGGAGGGGGUGGGGAGGUGCACUCCCCUGCCCUUGAGUGGCAUCAAGGAGCAAGCCAUUGCCUCAAACCAUAGCCUUGAGGAGGAGCUUCUGGCCAACAUGAAGCUACUGGAGGUGGGUGGUACCCGACCCCAGGGCACAGGGUCUGGAGUCAUUCUUCGCAGUGGAGUCUACGUUCCUAGCCUAGGUGGGCGGUGGCCCGAGCCUGGGGGUCCUUAUGACAAAGUCAUCCAAGAACUGGCUCAGGGCCCCCCACCCCUCCUUAAAGUAGACCCAGGAGCCUGGAAGGCAGCCUCUGCAGGCUCACCUAAGCUGUCUGUUACUGCAGGCCCAGAAAGCCCCAAAGAGAAACUGGGAGCCAGAGAGGGUGGGCCAAGAACAGGGGCGAGCCUGAGCACCACGGGCACCAGGAUGAGGAAAGUCCCAACUGAAGGAGGGCAGGACUGCUCAACACCUGUGUCUGCUCGUCCAGAGGCCCCCACUCCUUCAUCCUCAGACCCCAAUUCUGACAAGGCCAAAGCAUGUCCCAGUAAGAGCAAGAGAACACUCCGAAAGCCCCAGAGAGUCCCAUCCAUCUACAAGCUGAAGCUGAGGCCCAGGAUCCAGCCCCGGAGAGACCACAGGCCUGAGAAGCAGCCUUCACGAAUUCCCAGGCCUUUGGCCUACCGCGGCUUGGGUCCAGCCAGGGCACCUCCCAGGGGUAGGCUGGUGAGAGCAGGACUAGGCAGCAAGGGAGGGGAAGCAGCCCUGGUGGACAGAGCCUCAGCAGGGGAGGAGGAGGGAAAGGAGAGGCAAGAGCCAGCCGUCCCGUUGGGUAGUAGCCCUCAGCCUUUAGAAAGCCCAGGGCCUCAGCAGCUUGAGCAAGGCCCAAUCUCGCCUGAAGAGGAGUCCUGGGUCUGAGAAGGGGCCUUCUCAUCUCUGAGCCUGUGGGUUUGGAGAGGAAGAUAGAGAAAAAGGUGCCUGUGUAUCUAUUUAUUGGACUCCCAGCUGCAGGAACAGAAGGGAAGGUCCCUCACCUCAGUACAGGGUUUGGCUAGUAGGGUCAGAAGAUUAAUAUAGAUUGAAUCUGCUUGUUUGAGCAAAGGGGCAACUGAUCACUCUCACUCCAACUCCAUGGAUUGUGGGGCCAUCCCCUCUUAUUGGCCUCCCCCAGAACUGCUCC